UUUUUGGCGGCCGGCAGAUGUGGACUCGCCGACCGGGUAAGGCAGCGAAGCCGGUCUCCGGGCUGAGGAGGUCGUAAGGCCGUCCCAGCCCUCCUCAGAGCGGAGGCGGCCCCCGGCCGGGCGCCUAAAAGGCGGCCGGACGCGCUUUGCUUGCGUCAAAGGCGCACGGCAGCGCAGCAUGCUGGCUCGCAAGAGCAUCAUCCCGGAGGAGUUCGGCCUGCCGGGGCUGGUGUCGCGCACGCCCCGCAAGCCGGUCUUCCGCGACCGGGUGAACAAGGCGCGCUUCAUCGCCAAGAACGGCUCGUGCAACCUGGCGCACAAGAACAUCCGCGAGCAGGGCCGCUUCCUGCAGGACGUCUUCACCACGCUGGUGGACCUCAAGUGGCGCUUCACGCUCGUCAUCUUCACCACCACCUUCGUCAGCAGCUGGCUGCUCUUCGCCAUGAGCUGGUGGCUGGUGGCCUUCGCGCACGGGGACCUGGACCCGCAGCGCCUCCACGCCGUGCACUGCGUCACCAACGUCAAGUCGUUCACGUCGGCCUUCCUGUUCUCCAUCGAGGUGCAGGUGACCAUCGGUUUCGGCGGCCGCAUGAUCACCGAGCAGUGUCCCGCCGCCAUCACCGUGCUGAUCCUGCAGAACAUCGUGGGCCUCAUCAUCAACGCCGUCAUGCUGGGUAGGCCGCAGUCGCCAUCGCCGGCGCCACCGCGCGCCGUGACGCCGCCGCUUUUCGCUCCAGGUUGCAUCUUCAUGAAGACGGCGCAGUCCAACCGGCGCGCCGAGACGCUCAUCUUCAGCCGCCACGCCGUCAUCGCCGUCCGCAACAACCGCCUGUGCUUCAUGAUCCGCAUCGGCGACCUGAGGAAGAGCAUGAUCAUCGGCGCCACCGUCAGGCUGCAGGUGGUGAGGAAGACGAGCACGCCCGAGGGCGAGGUCAUCCCCAUCCACCAGAUCGACGUCCAGACCGAGAGCGCCGUGGCCAGCAACGACCUCUUCCUGCUCGCCCCGCUCAUCAUCUGCCACGCCAUCGACAAGAACAGUCCGCUGUACGAGCUGUCGGCCAUGGAGCUGCAGUGCAGCGACCUGGAGGUGAUCGUGAUCCUGGAGGGCGUGGUGGAGACCACCGGCAUCACCACGCAAGCCCGGACCUCCUACGUCUCCGAGGAGAUCCAGUGGGGCCACCGCUUCGUCCCCAUCGUGACCGAGGAGGAGGGCGUCUACUCGGUGGACUACUCCAAGUUUGGCAACACAGUGCGGGUGGCCACGCCCCGCUGCAGCGCCCGCGAGCUGGACGAGAAGCCGUCCAUCUUGAUCCAGACGCUGCAGAAGAGCGAGCUGUCCCACCAGAAUUCUCUGAGGAAGAGGAACUCCAUGCGGCGCAACAACUCCAUGCGCAAAGGCGGCGGCGGCGGCGGAAGCUUACGGCGAAACAACUCCAGCAUGGUCUCGCCCAAGGUCCAGUUCUUCACGCCCGCCGAGGGCGGUCAGAGCGCGAACGCCGUCACCUGACGCGAGGCCUGCGUCCCGCUGCUUUGCCUCCCGCUCGCCCGUGUGACCUCUGCCCCCGUUGGACUUCUUCUUUGCCUUCUCCUAACAUUUCUCCAGCUAACGCCAGCGCCGCACCUGCAAGACCGAGAUGAGGGAGUUGCUUCCGGUUGCCAUGGUUACACUUCACUCAGCACUGAUGCAGAAAAAAUAAAUGAUUUGCAUAUUUCUUUCAGGAGAAAAUGUUGCCUUAGUACUCAUAAUCAACACUUUUUGUUAUAAUCAAUUUUUGUCCAUUAAAAAAAUUAUAAUGGAAUAAAUCAUCAACUUUCUGAGUAUGAACAUGAAGAAAUUAAAUAAAUGGACACAAAUUAACGUUUUGUGCAUUUGUGUAAGAAAGA